ACAUUUCCCUUAAGUAAAAUAACUGCAGCUAAUCAGCAGGUAGAAAAAUAAAAUCAAGUUUUUAAACCAGAUUUACAAGUGGAAUUGUUUGAAAUACAUUAUUUACAAUUGGUCACCUUAUAUUAAGUCUCUAACAUUUUGCUUUCCCUCCCCACAGAAGCUGCAUUAGUUGCUUUUAUCGAAGAGUUUGAAUAUGAAGUCUUACUUAUCAAGCUGUGCAGAUUCUGGUUCUGGCUCAGAAACAGUUUCCAAAUGUGAGCCUGGAACCGAGAAGGUCGAGAGAGUGACCAGGAAGAGAAUGGCGGCCAACUCCCGUGAAAGAAAGAGGAUGCAGGGUCUGAACACCGCCUUCGACCGGCUGCGCAAGGUGGUGCCUCAGUGGGGGCAGGACAAGAAGCUGUCCAAGUACGAGACCCUGCAGAUGGCCCUCAGCUACAUCAUGGCCCUGAACAACAUUCUAACGGACACAGAGCGCUACGGGAGCAGCUCACAGAGGGAAUGGCUUAACCAGCAGAUUGAGCAUUUCCAGCAGGAGAACAACUCAUGUCUACAGAAUGGAUCCUCUGCUGAGCUUAAGGAAUACACAGAGAGGUACUUCUCCUACCAACCAGAGAGAUUCCAAAUAGCCAACUAG